AUGAAAACUGAGUCAGAGAAAGAAGAAGCUCAAGAGAGUUCAUCUAAUGCCAGAUACGAAGUACCAGUUUUGCCAAUCGAAAAAGUUGUAGAACCAGAAGUUUCAAGAGAUGUAAAAUUUGGGAUAAUGAUGUUUUUAAGAAAUCAAAAGCUUGCAACAUUCGAGGACAUAAGAGCAUAUAUCUUAAAUUCGCCAGACAAAUAUAGAGAUAAGAAUGGAGAUCCUUAUCACGAAACAGAGAUAAAAUCUGCAUUAACUAAACUUUUAUCUUUAUGUGUUGUCAAUUUUGAUGGGAAUCUGUGAAGCCUUGAUGUAAAUCUAAAAUAGGAAGAAAAUUCAAAAAUUUAUCAAGCUAAAAAAGAUCUUGUGUUAAAAAGAAGAAAAAAUAAGAGGAAAAAUAAUCUUAUCUUAUCUGGCACAGAUAUUUCUAAAAAAAUUUAUAUGAUUGAAAAAUUUAGAAAAAGACUUGCAAAAGAUCCUAUUUUCAAUGUAAUUUUUCUUGACCCAUUUGAGGUAAGCAAUAUACAGAAAAUUACUGGUGAUGAGACUAUUCAAGAGUUUGCUAAGAAAAGAGGGGUGGAGAGAAUGAUUGGAUUAAUUCAGGGAAUUAUUUUGACUGAAAGAUAUUGUAAAGCAUAUGUAGUUAAAGAAUUAAAUGAAAACCAAAUGACUCAGCAAUUUUACAGCAGAUGCAUGAAUGAUUAUUUAGAAGAUAUACUUGAACAUUUGAUUGGAAUUGAUACAUCUAUUAAAAUUUACAAGAAAAAUGAUUAA